AUGACAACCAAAUCCGUCACUGGCAGCAACAAGCGAAAACUGGUGAAUGUUCUCUUGUUGGACGGCACUGAAUAUAGUGCCUAUGUUGAUGUAAAAGCCAAGUUUCAGGAGGUGUUUAAUCAGGUGACUAGUCAUCUAUGUCUGCGAGAAAGUGAAUAUUUUGGGCUGGCUUUUCACAAAGACCAUGAAUACCAGUUUGUGGUGCUAGAAGACAAAAUCCACAAGCUGGCCCCCAAGCAGUGGAAAUCUGGCUCUGGUGAGGGACUGGACAGCCAAGGUAAAGCUGUCGUGAAUGUCUGCUUCCGAGUGCAGUUCUAUGUUGAUCAGGUCAUCUUGUUAAGGGAGAAAGUGACCAGACAUCAGUACUAUUUGCAGCUGAAAGAGAAUGUGCUGCAGUACAACCAUGUUUACAGUGAAGAGAAAUGUUUUCAGCAAGCAGCCUACGCCCUGCAAGCAGAUUUUGGCAAUUAUGUCAGUGAGAGACAUCAGAACGGCUAUUUCAAUCCAGCUCUCUAUUUCCCGCACUGGAUUGUUCAACGACAUGGCCUAGACUACCUUGCUGACAAUCUGCCCACACUGCACAGAGAUCUGCACAACAUGACCAGAAACGAUGCUGAACUUCGAUACAUCAGGAAUGCCUCCAUGCCACCUGGCGCACUCAAUCUUCACUUUUACAUGGUGCGCAGACGUAAGACAGACAGGACCUGUAACACAUGGCUGGCCAUCUGUGCUAAAGGGGUAGAAGUUUAUGAGGAUGAUGCUGGCUACAAGAACCAUGUGUCCACAUUCUUAUGGAAGGACAUUGGGAAACUUUACUUUGAUAAAAAGAAGUUUGAGAUACGCUCAGUGCAGAGUGCUGGAGGUCGCAGGUUUCUCUAUUACACGGAUGCAGAUGUCAAGUCCAAGUAUCUGCUGCACAUUUGUCGAAGCACCCACAUGUUCCAGAUGGCCAUCCAGCCUAAGUUAAUGGAGAUUCAGCACUUGGACAAUGAAGAUCAGAAAAGAUACAGGGAGUCGUAUGUUUCCAGUGAUCCCCGAGACAGAAACCAGUUCCAUCACAGCCCCAGUACAUCCACCAAUGCUUCUGUCAACAGCAACAACCAAAGACUGUCACUUGUUAGUGACACUAGCUCUAACACAACUAGUGGCAUUGUCAGUGACCGUAUGGCAGUUAGCUUUGAUGAUGGAGAUGAUCACAGCCGAGAAUUGAUGAUUGACUGCCCUGCCAGGUUACCCAGGCAGAUUCGAUCCAAGUUUCAGCUCUUCUCUAGUUUCAACCACAGCCCCAGUUACAGCCAGCAGGCCAGUCCCAGUCACAACCUGGAAGUCUGUCAGGCCGGUGGUUGGAGUGGUUCCACUCAAGAACUGUCCACGGCUGGUGGCAGCUGGCGAGCUCGUCAUUCCCACACUUCUGGAUGCUUGAUGGGCACAGCAGGCCUGCCCCUGGCUUCUCCUGCCACACAAACUCCAGAUGGCAAGUUUAGCCUGCAGCCAGGGAGAACUGCAGCCAGUAAGGAUCACUUGGUGCCAUGUUUCCCAGGCUCAGUCUUACAAACAAUGGACAGAAACACAUCAGGCGACAGUGCAGUUUCUGUAUCUGGUAUUUUAAUUGACCAUGAUCAGUUAUCUCCCAUGUCUCUGCCGUCACCUCCAGAGCUGCACACGUGGAGUGGUGCUUCAGGAGAUGUAGCUGCAGCAACUGACACAGGCUUUUCUCAUUCACCUGUCUUCAUGUGCCCACCUGUGCUGGGUUUAACUCCAGAUGUGUCUUCUCCCACACAAGUGGUGACUGUCCACAAAAGCCCUCAGCCUCUACUGGAUGUUGUUGAUAAACUAAAUUCUCCUGGAGCAGAACUUUCACCAGCAUACCUGCAAUCUAUGCCUUCCUCUAGCACUGAACAGACACAGCACAUUGAGUUAAACUCUCCACAGAACAUGAGCAAGUUGUCAAAACCUUUAGUUGCAUGUCAAGAUGUUUCCAAUGAUCACCACCAGGUUCCAGCACCAGAUGUCACUGGUGUUCAACAGGCAAAGAGCAGCUCUAGACAGGAAUCUCGUGUUGUAACAUGUGAUGAUGAAAAUGUGCAGGCAAGAAAGGAAUAUCCUGCUGCCCAAGUUGGUGGCAGCAGCCAGCAGUCUUCACUAGAUGCUGUCUUCAGAACUGAGAAUCAGCAUCUUGUAGAGCCACAGUUGCAGCAUCAAGCUGAGCCAGCGCUAGGGUCAGUGUGUAGAGUGCAGCAGAUGCCACCAGCAGUCACAGAUCAUUAUCUGAUGGCUCUUCAGCAAGGUUCAGGAAACAUGUUGGAGCAGAAAAUGUCAUCUCGCUGGGUGGCAGCAGACUUGCUGGCAGAACAAAUGAGUGCUGGAGCUCAUAUACAGGAGCAGUACAAGGUGCCUCAGGAACAGUUACCAUUAGACCCUAUUGGGUCUCAGUCACAGGUAGGAGCAUUACCUUCAGUGGCAGCUGCAGAUACUGACCAGGAGCUGGAUUACAGACAACAGAGUGUCCACAAUACAGACCAGCUUGGUGAUGAGAAGAAAGUCCAAGCAGACACUGACCAGACUACUGGGCCACAUUGUAAAGCUAAGCUCCACCCUGAGCUGAAGCAGAUUCUGGGCCAGUCCCAUGCAUUCUCUCUGCCUCUUAUGACCGCACUGUGUAACGAUUCCUCCCUCAUGGAAGCAUCGCGCUCACAAUCUGGGUCAAGGUCAUCAUACGAGACCUCCACAGUGAGAUCUAGUGACUCACGUCUGACACGCUUGUCUCAUGACACUGACUCCAGACGCUGGUCCUCUUGUUGCCAGGGUGCAAACAUGCCAGAUGUUUUGUUGAUGCAGUCUUCUCGGCCCUACAGCUGGCACAGCGAACACUUGGAGCUAGAUUCUCACCUGGCUGUUCCCUCAACUGAACAUCUGCCCCCAACGAGCCCCGGCAACCUCAGAAGUGUCAACAACAAACACAUCAACAUUUCAACCAAUCAUCACAGUGUAUUGCCACAGAAGAUGAUCGUCUCAGAUCCAGGACCGUCUUCACCACGGCUAAUGACAAUGGAAGAAAACACUUGUUGGUGGGAGGCAGCUCCCGGUGCUGCUGACACUGAAGGGAUAUUAUCCUCUUGGACUGGCAUCAUUCCUUACAGUCUCCCAGCAAAUCAUCAACAGUCCAGCAGGCACGGCAGUCAGCAGUUCAACCAUCAACAGAUGGUGCCACACAAGCUGAGUAGUGGGGGACACAGAGACAGUGACACCAGUAUUGCUCACAAACAAGUGAUGAAGGAGAACAUUGGCAUAGCUUGA